CAUAAAACUUAACCUCUACUGUAAAUUUACAUCAGUGUGUUUUAAAAGUACGAGGUAAACGGUGUGUCCAACAUUUUCAAAAUUUUAAAUUUAUUUAUUUAUCUUUAACUGAAAAUUUCUAAAAAAAUGUCAGCCCGUAAAAAGAAUAAAAAUAAAAUGAUGGACAGAAGACAUCGUCGUGUAUUAGGAAAGGAAGAAAAAUAUCGUCAAGAAAGAGAUAAAUCUGACAAGGAAGAAUCAGAAUCGGAAGAAGAAUGGCCAAUACCCUUUCCCGUUGCUAUGUGGGAUUUAGAACAAUGCGAUCCGAAGAAAUGUACCGGUAGAAAAUUAUCUAGACAUGGGUUAAUAAAAACGUUACGGUUAAAUACACGUUUUUCAGGUUUAGCACUCACUCCAUCAGGCACACAAUGCGUCAAUCCAAUGGAUCGCAAUAUUGUACAGGAUUUUGGUUGUGCCGUUGUGGAUUGUAGUUGGGCUCGCAUAGAUACCACACCAAUUGAUCAAAUAAAGGCAUCCAAUUCUCGCCUUUUACCUUUCCUCGUUGCAGCUAAUCCAAUUAAUUAUGGAAAAGCGUGUAAAUUAAGUUGUGUAGAAGCAAUAGCCGCAGCAUUGAUCAUAACAGGAUUUCCAGAUGUAGCUAAUUAUUAUUUAGAUAAGUUUUCCUGGGGCCAUUCUUUUCUUGAAUUGAAUAAGGAAUUGUUAGAAAGAUAUGCUACCUGUAAGGAUGCUAAAGAAAUUAUAGCUGUUCAAGAUGAUUUCAUUGCAAACGCUAGACAAGAGAGAUUAGAUAGACAAGAAGCACUACCUGAUUUUCCACCAACCGAUACAGAAUCUGAUGAGGAAGAAGAGGAACAAAAAGAUGACGAUGUUAGUGAAAUUAACAAAAAGCUACAAGAUGUAAAAACGUAAAUGUAAUUUAUAAAAAAACAUUUCUAUGUGGGACAAAAUAGGCAUGACUGAUAUAUUUCACAAUAGUGGCUAACACUAUUUUAAUUUGUUUCUGCAUAACCUUUAUUUAAUUUUAUUAUACUUAUGCGACAUAUAAGAAAGUUUUUUAUUUGUAAAAGUCAUAGUAGAAAAUAAUCCUGUAUAAUAUUGCAAUCUAUUGAGAUGAUAUAUCAUAAUUUACCGAUUAUUAUAAAUAGUUUAUAGAAUCUUAUAAAUCAUAUUCAAACAAAAUUAUUCCUGAAUCUGUGUAACAUGUAAUUUGACUUUUUGAUUUUCUGAAUUUAUAUGAAUAAAGAUUGACAUUUUUAAAGUGAAAACAAAACAUAACAAUCCAAAAAGAUAAUUGUGAUAAUUGGCAUAUUAUUGAUAUUUUAAAUAAAUAAUUACGCAAAUAAUCAUCUGUUAAACUCGUGAGCGUAAGAAACUCUAUGGUCAUGCCUACAAGAAUAUUAAUUUAUACCAAAUUUAUACUAAAUAUAUAUAUUUAGAUAUAAUUUUUAAUUUAUUUAAAUAAUAUAUUUAAAUGAAAAUGAUAAAAAACUAUGUAAAUCACAUUAGAAUGAUUUCUAUGUGAUAUGAGCAACAUGUUUGCCAAAUCAAUUAAUUUCACAAAACAAAAAGUAUAGAAAAUUAAUAAAGUUAUAUUAUAAUAUAUUGUGUUGACUAUUAAGUAAUGUUAGAAUGUAUAAUAUUUUAUAUCUGAAAAGAAUGAGAUUUUUUUUUUGAGAUUAUGAUAUUUUAUAUCUGAGAAAGAAUAUACAGAUCAUUUAACAAACAAUUUGUCUAACAACAAUUUGUUCAACAAUGCUCACAUUGUUGAAUAGAUUAUGUUCAUUAACCAAUCACUCAUUGUACUUGAAUAAAAAUAC